AUGAAGAAUGUUCUCGAAAAUUUGAAAUUGGAGCAGAAAAAGUUUGGGAAUAUCACAAUCGCCAACAUGGAAGUGUUCUACGAAAUGUGCAUUGACACCACUGUAAGUGCUCCUUUCUUGCUGUUUUAUCCCAAAUGUCGGUCCCUCAGAAUUGCAUGGACACGAUCGAAUUGCCGGGACUUCUGAAAGGGCUCAUGAGCCUCGGAACGGUGUUUCUGAGGUCGGCGUGCGACGAGUACGGAUUCAAAGUGGGCAAGUUCAGCCGAUGUAUCGAGAAGGUAGGGUAAAUUCCACAAUUCGGAAAGUUCCAUUUCAUUGCAGACUCGAUUCGACGUGAUGACUCUCAAGAACGUGACAAUUGGACAGGAAAAACGGAAAUGCGAGCUGACGAACGAAGAGUUUUCCGAGCUGGAAACGGUUGUGAGCAACGCGUGCGGCGACGAAGCAGUUGAGAAUAUGAGGGCGAACGAGGAGAGGGUGCGGGUUCUGCUGUGCACGGAUAAAUAA